AUGCCGACCUCCGUCGCAUUUGAGGCUGCGGCGGAUGUGGAUUUACUGGAGGCCGCUCCAGAUGCUUUGAUCGCCAUUGCGGACGUGGCCACGUUGUUGGGAAUCAAGAGGCUGGACCGAAACUUUGGAACCCUCGGUGGAGAGUUAGCCGCCCUUUCUGAGGUCUUGGAAAAGCUCGACAGCACCCUACCGGAAGACAAAUUUGAGAGAAGAAUCAGAAAACUUCUCAAGGAGCUUGCGCGGGCCUCCAGUUGGCACCAGAAAAGGCCCCGCGAAGACUUUUCAUCGUUGUUCGAUCUUGUCAAGACAUCUCGAGUUCACGGUCAUAGCAAGGGUGAGAUUGAAGCUGAAGCAGGCUUACUCGCGUAUGCUUCGGAGGGCCGACUUCCCAAGCUCAUCGCCCUUGUUAGAGGGUUCGCUAGUCGCCGGUCCGAGGCUGUCGCCACACAGCCUCUCCAGGCUUCGGUGGCAGCUCCUAAACAUCCUAGUAUCAUCAACAAAGCCAUGUCACAAAACGAAUAUCCCAAACACGUCAGCAAACAACUUUAUCAGACGCUGUGUAAAUAUUCAAAUUGCCAGUGUGAUGAAGAUGGAAGCAUCCACCCGACAGCCCCUACGCAAAGGAAGACGCAUCUCUCCCGGUUGCGCUUGAAACCUUUCCGCGACGUUAAGGAGAAAUUUGUUUGCUUUGACAUGGUAUUUUCGUCGCGCCCUGCGUUUCCGUCGCUCUUGCAGGGAAUUGAGUGGCAGCACAUGCAAUUCCAAGUCUCGAGUGAAAGGGCAGGGAAGAAACGAGCCCGCUUUUCAAAUCCAGAGAAAAGUUUGAGCCUCCUUGAGCAGCAAACUGUGUCCACAAAAGAAGCUCAGCUAUGCCAGUACAUCAAGUCUGCGUCGGGGUCUCAGAUAUGCCUGAGAGUGCAUAAUGAUCAAGUAUGGCUGCUCGAGGACUGUCUACCACUGGAAGCACAUGUGCUCGCAUGUCCGUCGCUGUCUCUCUCGGCGGCUUUACAGACCGGACAUCUGUCGAACAAAAUGAAGGUGAUUCUCGCAUAUAUUAUUGCCAGAUCCGCCUGGGAGUUCUACGAUUCCGAUUGGAUGUCCAAGCCCUGGAGCGCUGACGACAUCCACUUUCUCCAAGAACACCCGAAUGAGAUUGACGGGCAGCCCGUAGUCUCAGUCAACAGGCCAUAUUUGGCUGUGGAAUGGGGAAAGGACCAAACCUCCAAGGACGAUACCAGCACUCUUGUCGGGAAGAUCCACCGGUAUCCGAGAGUGCUGUCGCUAGGAUUGAUGUUAAUUGAAAUUGGCACAGGCAAACGAGCUAGAGAUCUCUUUCGGAAUUAUCAGACGAAUGUCAACUCAGACUGGUUGUCUGCGAAAGAGUUCUUGUCCAAACCGACUCCGUGGGAAGAGUUCGACUACAGGAGCUACUGGGACGCUGCUCGUAGCUGUGUGAACAACCAAUUCUUUCUCAGGGCAACCUCGAGCGUUGGCGGGCAUAUGGUGGCCGAUAUCGAAGGUAGGCGUCGAAUGAUCCUUGAUGAUGUUGCUACUCCCUUGGAAGAUCUACUUGCUGGAACCGGAUGGAUGCACGAUAUCUGGACACUCGGGCCAAUGAAGCCAUCGCUGGCACAGCCAGCCUCAAUCACCCUUGCGUCUUUGGCAAAGAAUGGUGACAUCUCAAGGGGUCACACUAGUCAAACGUCUCGAAGGGCAAUUGUCGCACCCCGGGCCAAGCCGAUACUCGAGCCAGCGUUCGAAAACCUUUCCAUCUCAGAGCCUACCACUCCGCUAUGUCCUCGCAACCGUCUCGGCUUCGAGAUCGCGAUCAUCUGCGCCCUCCCUACUGAGGCAGAUGCUGUCAUUUCCUUGUUCGACGAGCAUUGGGACGAAGGCAGUCGGAGAUACGGCAAGGCCGCAAGAGAUCCCAACGCAUACACUACCGGCCGCAUCGGACAGCAUAACGUUGUCGUGGUCCACAUGCCGAGUAUGGGCAAAGUCAGCGCUGCCAAUGUUGCCCAGGGAUUGCAUUCGAGUUUUGAGAACAUUCAACUUGCAAUUGUUGUGGGAAUAUGUGGUGGCGUGCCGUAUGCAAGACGUAACAAGCAAGAGAUCUUCUUGGGAGACGUUGUCAUCAGCCGGUCACUUAUACAGUACGACUUUGGAAGGCAAUAUCCUGGAGAGUUUGAAGCAAAAGAUAGCCUCCAAGGCGGGUCUGGUAAGCCAUCGGCGGAGAUCCGUUCAAUGCUUGCGAAGCUCGAGACGAGUCAUCAUCGCCACCAAUUGGAGCUCAACACCGUACAGCUUUUGAAUGAUAUUCAGCGUAUAAUGAGAGGGUCGGCAUAUCCUGGUCCGGAGAAAGACAAGUUGUACGCAUCAACCUCGCUGCAUCACCAUCAUGUAGUUGGAGAGUGUCACACGUGCUUGUCGGAAGGCUCUACACGCAUUUGCACGCACGCCUUCAGAAGCAGCUGCGAAGACCUCGGCUGUGAAACCAGCGGGAUUGUGCGACGCAUAAGACUCAAGAAUGGCCCCGUGCCGUCAGGCCAAUUACCAGCGGAAGCAUAUCCACCGUCCAUACAUAUCGGCAAUAUGGGAUCCGGCGACACUCUGAUGAAGUCCGGGACGCAUCGAGACGAAGUCGCCCAGAAGUACGACAUUAUAGGAUUCGAGAUGGAAGGUGCUGGCAUAUGGGAUUUCUUCCCCAGCCUGAUCAUCAAGGCAGUAUGCGACUACGCUGACAGUCACAAGAAUAAAGAUUGGCAGACUUAUGCGGCGGCAACAGCUGCUGCUGCCGCGAAAGCAUUCCUCAAAGAAUGGAGGUCCGCGAGUGCGUCAUUCUUGGAGUGA